AUGGCUCUCAAAGUUGAUCACACCGCCGAUCUCAUCAUCAUGAUGACCCUCCUCUUCACCAUGGCCCUCAUCUGGGCUACCGCCUUCAUCGACACCCUCCCUCCUCUUGGGGAUACCCCUCUUACCGCGUCUGAGGUUUCUCACCGCCGUACCCAAGAGGCUAUGAAGAAACAGAUCGAGAAUAUCGAGAAACACCGCCAACUCGCCUUUGAAAAAGUCUGCCGCAUCACCGCCCAGCGUAUCAAGAUCGCCGAAAGGAUGCACAACCUCCAGACCGCCGUCAAAAAGCUCAAACCCCCUCGUGACAUUGGCCGCAUUGCAGAGAUGAAGAAGGCUAUCCGAUAUUGUGGCAAAGAGCAUGAGGAGCUCUACGGCAUCGUUGAUGAUGUUUCGCAUCAGAUGUAUCAGAUGCUAAUGCAGCGACUAACUCUCCGCCGCAAUAUCGAUAGCCUCGACUUGCAGAUGGAACGCGACCGGCUGGCGGAUCUGUUGUACCCGCAUAUUCCUUUGGAUCUUGAGGAGGAUGUGAAGGAGGACGUGAAGAAG